CAUGAUGGGUUUGGGGUGAAGGAUGAGUGACAGUGGAAGCCAGGCAGGUGGAGGACAGAUGAGAACAGAGUUUCGGAAGGAAAGGUUGGAGGGCAGAGAUGCUGUAUGUGCUGAUAGAGGCAGAGAGGGCCCGGACCAAGAAAAUGCAGAAAGGGAACAGACUCCAGACGCUGGAGUGGGGGACUCUCUCCGGAAAGUGCGGCCGGGACGCUGAGCCGUCCAGCGGGGAUGUGCCUGUGCGGCGCUGUGCCAAGGAGCCGGUCUCUUCCCUCUCCCAGUCCCAGAUUCGAGAUUCGGGAUGGCUCACGAGGAAUCCACAGGAGAUAUUGGCCUGGGCUAAAAUGUCUACAGACCCCAGGAUUGCUGCAGGUCAGCAGUCCCCACUGGAGAAGAAAAUCUUGAAUCUGGGUGGUGUGCGUACGACAGCGGCAAGGCAGCUGGUGGCUCAGAAGUACCAGGAGGAGCAUGAGACGCUGCGGAGGGAGCAAGCUCUUUCUCUUGACUACUGGCUUGCCCAGGCAGAGUCUUACUAUAAUAAAAGAAUAGUGGAAAUGGGGGGACAAGAGACAGGGUGUGAAAUGAAGAAGAAAUUGGAGGGGGAAACAACCCAAAACUUGGAGAGGCAAAAACAGUAUCACAUGGUUCCCGCAAGAGAGGGGAGACACUUGGGAAGGCGUGUCCAGAGAGCAGGUCAGGCCAGAGAGGUUCAGAAUAAGCCACGUAGGCCAAGGCCACAGGCCCCUGGUGAGACCACCGUCCCCAGAAUUGUGCCGGAGCGGCAGAGCAUUCUGAGCGCACAGAAGAUUAAGCCGCUGAGCGAGAGGGAACAGGCCCAAACUGAAGCUCACCAGGAACGCAUGCUGCAGGGCAGAGCGCUGGGAGAGCAGAGACUGGAGGAGGGAGGCUUGAGGAGAGCCCGGAGCCGUGGGAGGCGUGGGAGAGCGGAGAGCGAGGUGAGGGAGUUUGAACACGUCACUGCGUAUCCACUCCUGCAGCCACGCGGUAGAAGUCGGAUCAAAGUGAAUGUUCUCGUGGAGAAGAAUAGAGAAGAAGGGAAUACUGUCAUAAAACCGCAUCAAAGAAGAUACCUAACUGUGCCACCCUACAUGAGAAGCCAAAUAGGAAAAAUAAAAGGAAUCAAGUUUCAAUGCUUUUAGAAUAAAGUCAUGUCUCCAAAGUGGA